CGGAGACAAGUGGUCUUUCAUAUUUCACCGAUAUUAUUCGCAAAUACAAAGCUAAUUUUAAUUAAUGCCCUUGUCAGUCGGUACGCACAUCAUUUCCUCUUUGCCGUUUCGCUGGCCGGGCAGAACAAGUAAAAUAUAAUUCCCCGCACGGCGCACACGUUAAGUAAUCCUCUCCAGAAUUCAGUUCCGAUUCGAAAAGCACUAGGAGAUGAGCCACGUGCCCAAAUGACAUGGACUGCGGGAGCAAUGUGUCCCAGAGGAAUAUCACCAAAGCCGAAGGUAGUGUGCUCAUAAUGCAAAGGCCAAGUAGCAAGUUGGUAGAAUUCAGGUUCCUCAUUGCGGUGGCAAUAUACUUGCACGCGCUGGAGCAAUCGAUCCAGCAGUGCCAUUGUGUUCAUGGUUUCAGAAACAAUACGGAAAGUGCCGAGCUCGUGUCCCACUACGAGUCGAGCCUGUCGCUCCCGGACAUCCUGCCCAUCCCGUCCAAGACCUACGACAAGAACCGGGCUCCCAAGCUGCUGGGCCAGCCCACAGUCGUCUACUUCCAUGUCACGGUCCUCUCGCUGGACUCCAUCAACGAGGAGUCCAUGACCUAUGUGACGGACAUCUUCCUUGCACAAAGCUGGCGCGAUCCUCGCCUGCGGCUGCCGGAGAACAUGAGCGAACAGUAUCGCAUACUGGAUGUCGACUGGCUGCACAGCAUCUGGCGGCCCGAUUGCUUCUUCAAGAACGCCAAGAAGGUCACCUUCCACGAGAUGAGCAUUCCGAACCACUAUCUCUGGUUGUACCACGACAAGACGCUGCUCUACAUGUCCAAACUCACGCUGGUCCUCUCCUGCGCCAUGAAGUUCGAGUCCUAUCCACAUGACACACAAAUCUGCUCCAUGAUGAUCGAGAGCUUAUCCCAUACGGUGGAGGAUUUGGUUUUCAUUUGGAACAUGACCGACCCACUGGUGGUCAAUGCGGAGAUUGAGCUGCCGCAGCUGGACAUAUCCAAUAACUACACGACCGAUUGCACCAUAGAGUACUCAACGGGCAACUUCACCUGCCUGGCCAUUGUGUUCAACUUGCGACGACGCCUGGGCUACCACCUGUUCCACACCUACAUACCCUCGGCCCUGAUCGUGGUAAUGUCGUGGAUAUCGUUCUGGAUAAAGCCGGAGGCCAUCCCAGCCCGCGUCACCCUGGGCGUGACCUCGCUGCUGACCCUGGCCACCCAGAACACCCAGUCGCAACAGUCGCUGCCGCCGGUGUCGUACGUGAAGGCCAUAGACGUGUGGAUGUCCUCCUGCUCGGUGUUCGUCUUCCUCUCGCUGAUGGAGUUCGCGGUGGUCAACAACUUUAUGGGACCGGUGGCCACCAAGGCCAUGAAGGGCUACUCGGACGAGAACAUCAGCGACCUGGACGACCUCAAGUCCGCCCUACAGCAUCACCGGGAAUCGAUUAUUGAGCCCCAGUACGACACUUUCUGCCACGGCCAUGCCACAGCCAUCUAUAUAGACAAGUUCUCGCGCUUUUUCUUCCCGUUUUCGUUCUUUAUACUCAACAUUGUCUACUGGACAACGUUCCUAUGAUGGAUGUUGGACGGUGGGAAAGUUUCCCCGAAGGAAUCGAACGUAAACAAUAAUAAAUACCAAGCGCAUUUGUUUAAAAAUGUAUAUUAUCGUUUGUAAGCCACAAAUAAUUGCAUUAAAGUAUGUAUUAUAUUGAUUAUCA